AUGGCGGGGUCCAGUAGACGGCCGCGCCGCGGCACCGUCGCCAUCGCGGCCGUGGCAAGCUUGCUCACGGCUGGGCGGCUGUGGGCCUUCGUGCCUGUCCCGGGGACGGACGUGCAGGCCGCGCAGCGCGCGGGCCGAAGGCCAGCCCUGCUCGGGGCCGCGGUGCUGCCCGCCGUCGACGGAGCCGUAGGGGCGGUCGGCGCCGCGGGGGCGGACUUCGACGUGGAGCUGAAGGUGAGCCUUGGGGGUGAUCAGGGUGGAGAGGCCACGGUCAUCGUCAAGGUGCACCCCGAGUGGGCGCCCGUCGGAGCCGCGCAGUUCAAGAAGCUCAUCGAGUCGGGCUGGUACGACGACGCUGGCGUGUUCCGUGUCGUCCCAGGUUUCGUUGCGCAGUUUGGUUUGCCCGCGAAGGCGCAACCACGUUUGCCCGAAAUCAAGGACGACCCCGUCAAGGUGUCCAACAAGCGAGGCACUCUGGUGUUCGCCACCAGAGGCCCAAACACUCGCACAUCCCAGCUAUUCAUCAAUUAUAAGGACAACUCGUUCCUCGAUCAGCAGGGCUUUUCGCCCAUUGGUGAGGUGGUCGGCGAUGGCAUGCAGGUCGUUGAGAAGUUCUACGCCGGCUACGGGCAGAAGCCGAAUCAGGGUGCGAUUACCGAGCAGGGCAACCAGUACCUGGACAAAGAGUUCCCCAAGCUCACCAAGAUCAGCAAGGCCACUGUCAAAGGCUGA